CUCUCGCGCUCGCUCUCGCGCUCUCCCAUGCCCCCAUGCUAUCUCCGGCUUUUUCUUUUCUUCUUCUUCUUCUUCUUCUCUUACGUACGGUGGCCCGUGACAUCUUGGGCGGCUACGUGUGCGUGCGCAAAAAAAGGCGAUGCGUUCAGAAUGUUGUCGAGGGGAUCGAGCGUUAUCUCGCUGGACAUAUGCCGUGUCGUAUGGCCCACUUGGAGUUGGCUGUGAAUGGCAUAACCAUACGUGCUAGCCGUCUCCGUUGGAGCGUGUUAGUGCGUUGCCAUCGUCGUAUGCAGUAGGGAUACCCGAGGAACGCCCUCUCGAUUCGGAGUUGCGCUGAUUGCCGAGAUUAUAUCGACAUGGUAUACGAAUGUGCGUGUAAGUGCGAACACAGUCGACAACUCGAAUGGGGCCAAUGGACGGCAACGGACGGACGGGCAAGACGACGAAACGGAGAAACGAAGAGGAAAAGAGGAGAGA